UUGCUGCAGCACUCAGAGGUGAGUGGUUACAACACACACACACACACACACACACACACACAGGAGAAGCUGUGUAUAUAUGUAUAUUUGUUGUGACAUUUGUAAAUGUCUGCAUGGGGCAUUUUAGUACUGAAAGGUGUCACACUUUUGUAUAAUUGGUUGAUACAGUAUGUGACAUGUUACACAAGCUCUGGAGGGUUUAUAGUUGGUGCGUCUGCAGUUCAGAUUUAUGUAGAAAACAUUUGCAACUGUUUAUUUUACACUGUAUAAAAAAAUAAUUUACUUAAGAACAUGUUCAGAUGUGUUCAGUCUUAGUUUAAUAUUCAAGAUUUAUGCAUAACUUUAGCUGUGAAAACUUUCCGUCCAGUCUCUUUUUGUUGAAAGUCCCAGCAGCGGUAGUGAUGGCAGCCAUAGUGACGGGCCUCAUCCCCAUCCUGAGGACGGCGGUGGACGCCACCGCCUCCUACAAGGCCCGCACCAUGUGGUUCGGCCUGCUGUGCGUCCGCCUCGUCAUCCUCUUCCUCGGCGAGCUGCCCUUCACCAAGCUGGACGCGGACUUCAGCUGCAACGGCACGGCGGACAGCCGGCAGUGCUUCAACAGACACUUCCACAAGCCCAUGAUGAUGGCGUGGAACUUCAUCUUCGUCCUGGUGGUCCUCACCGUGCUGCUCAUGGAGCUCUUCACCUCCCACCUCCUGUCCGCGGCCCAGAAGAGGCGCUCCAGGGCGGCGGCGGUGGCGGCGGACGUGGAGCUGGAGCAGGCCCGCGCCGCGGCCCCCGACCCCAACGUCAGGUCAUUCAUAGAUCUCCACAAAGACCGGGGCGCCCUGGCCUUCUACCUGCUCAGCAUCGUUCUGCGUAUCGCGGCUGAGGCCUGCUUCAUGUAUGUUCUCCUCUCCUGGAACCUGCCGGCUCUCGGCAGCGACCCGUACAGAUGCUCCCCGGGCGUUUUCUGUGUUGUGAGGGCCGCCCCGGAGAAACGCAUGUCUAUUUACGCUCUGUCCUCCAUUUCGGGUUUGAUCAUCGUUUGCUCAGUCUUGUUCUGUUUAUACUCCAUUGCUCACUACCUCUGUCUUCUCUAAAUGGUGGAAUUGAUUGUCUUUGCUGCCACCUGAUUAUUGAUGUGUUGCAGUGAGUCUUUGUGAAAGCUGCAUGUGUUAAAACACGGAUUCACAGUUGGAUAUAAUCCUAAAGCAAAAGCCUCCAGUCUCUUUCCUGCCUUGGCGUUUGAAUUCUUGCUUCGUGGCGGUACGUAUGCUGUGAGAGCCGUUUUGUUUUUAUGUUUUUUUUUGCUGACAGUAAAAAGCUCUGAGUGUGAGCUGCAUGA